AUGUAACAGUAGCGUUUCAUAACAUCAGGUCUGCACUCGGCUGAGUACCCGUUUCCUCUUCUCUCCCCUCUGGUAUGCAGUCAUGGCUCUGCUCUCCGUCCUCACGCCUGUCUUGGCGGUGGUCCUGUGCCUGGUGAUAGGCUUCAUACUGCUGGGGUCACGGGAGACGAAGACCACCUCGACCUCCCAGGGAAAAACCGAAGGUGCUUCAAAAGCGGACUUUAGACCGUGGGUGGACCAGGACUUACAGGACGAUACAGAAAUAACAGCAAAAGAGGAAGAGGAUGGUGACUGGGCGGACAGUAAUGAGGAUGAAGACCUUUUACAUGUGCCUUACUCACCACCACGUUACCCCGAGGAGACGAUGCUGGCGAGAUCCAAGGAUUUGUACACGCUGAUGAACCAGCGGAGGUCUGUCCGCUUCAUCAGCCCAGAGCCGUUCCCACAGGAAGUCAUCGAUAAUGUCAUCCGCACUGCAGGUACGGCCCCUAGUGGAGCACACACAGAGCCCUGGACGUUUGUCGUGGUGUCAGACACAGAGACGAAGCACCAGAUCAGACGGAUAGUGGAAGAAGAGGAGGAGGUCAACUACCGUCAGAGGAUGGGGGACAAGUGGGUCCAUGAUUUGGCCAAGUUAAAGACAAACUGGAUCAAGGAGUACUUGGAUGUUGCUCCAUAUCUAGUCCUCGUCUUCAAACAGACCUAUGGGAUUCUACCAAACGGCAAGAAAAGGACACAUUACUACAACGAAAUCAGUGUCUCCAUAUCCUGUGGACUACUGUUGGCUGCAUUACAGAACGUGGGUCUUGUCACCGUCACAACGACGCCCCUAAACUGUGGCCCCCAGCUCAGGCUCCUCCUCAAACGGCCAGCCAAUGAGAAGCUGUUGAUUUUACUUCCUGUAGGUUAUCCUGCUUCUGACGCUACAGUCCCUGACUUAAAACGCAAGCCGCUGGAUGAUAUUAUGGUGCACAUAUAACAAAACCAGUCUGCAGAGAAUGUUUUUUUCUCCAUCAUCUUCUUUGCCCACAGCUGAAAACAUAUAACAUAAUGUAAUUAGAAAUGUUUUAAAAUGGAUGCCAUCAAUCUCUUUAUAGACUUCAAAAUAAACACCUGAUUGACAAGCAUAGUUUAAUAUGCCAUUACUUUUAUUUUGAAGGGAAAGUAGCCCUAUACUGUUUAAUUCUGCUAUGUCCAGAGUUAAUAAAUGGGGAAAUAAACAGCCAAUCCUGUUGAGUUUCUCUUAGUAGAACUACUAUUUGAUGCAAACAAUAAACAUUUAAUAAAGGUAAUUCCUUUUUUUGUUUCAUCAUACUAAUAUAUUUUACAGUCCAUUUUGUGUCUUAAUCCUAAUCAUUUUAACACACUGUUAUGGUUUAAAGAAACAGGUGUAAACCUUGUGCAUCAUUAUAUGGGAUGACAUCUCACUGCAAUAUAAUAUCCACCAGUACAAAUGUUAAAUCAGUCAAACAAGCACAAGGUCAACCACGCUCUUAUCAAAAAGUGAGAUCUAGACGGGUUCCAGCACUGCUGACAAGAAUAAAGUACAAUCUGUUUUCAGUUGUUUGCUCUGUGA